CGCGGCGGCAGCUCGGCGCUUUGGGCGGGCAGCGGGCGCUUGGACGAGGCGUCGAGGGACGGAUCGGUAGACGAGGGUAGAGAGAGAAAAGGUGGGAAAGUGGCGUGCGAGGCUGCAGGCAGCGGCCUUCUUGAGUCUGAAGAGGUGCGAGACUGCUUCCUUCACCGCCCUGCUCUGUGAGAGGUUGCUCCGGGUGUGUGUUGGUGGCGGGGGGGUGGGGGGGUGUGUGUCAGAAAGGGCUUGUCGGUGGCCGUGGUUUUUCUCUGGGCGGCCUGGGCUCCCCUGGUUGUCGCCUGAGGCGGCAGCCUGGGAGGGGUUGUCCCCACCUCCGGGUCGGGCCUACAGCCACUGCGGGUGCUGGGCUAGCGAGAUUGCAGCGAGAGGUGCGCUGGCGAGUGGGUUUUGUGGGUUCUGCUGCUGUCUCUGCACCACCGAGAUGGCGCGGUUGAGGUCAGGGAAAGUGGUGAGAGCCAGCGAGGUGAAGCCGGUUGAUCCGGAGGUCACCAGCCCCGGCUCUUCUGGUGCAGGGUGUGAGGCAGGGGAGAAGCUGGUAGUGAGGCGGAGCCCUCGCCUGGCACCAAAGAGAAAGCCUGAGCAGCCCUUCCCUUCCUUUCCGCAACCUGCCAGGCUUUCCGGUGCUUCCUUUAAGCGUUUUGCUCCUCCUGUGCCCGAGCAGAAGGAGCAAGGUGAGAACAACCGGAAAUUCCCAGAUAAAAAAACCAAGGGAAUCCAGCACAGGAAGUCUCCCAGAAGAAGCAAGGGUGUAGCUUCACCAGUUUCAGACACAGCUGAGUGUGACGAUUGGCAAGCAGCAGCCACGGCUGCAGCGAUGUGCUGGGAAGAGACCGUAAGAAGAGGGACAGGUCAAAGUCAACAGCUGUUCUUCUCAGGAACUACUUUGGAGAAUAAGUUUUCAGCAGGGAUUGAAAGGAAUGAAAGUUUCUCAGAAGACCUGAACCUCUCAGAUUUCCAGGAGGGUUCAAGGAGCUCAGGAAAAGAAGGCAAAUAUUCCUGUAUGGAAAUAAAAUUACAAGUCCCAUCCUUGAAGGGGGAGAUUGAGAGCACAGAGAGACACAGAAUUUCUUGUUUUCCAGAACCAGAAGAUCUGCAACCCAGAAAGGUCACAUGGAGUACUGGAAUGAAAUGCACUGACUCUGGAAUGACACAGGACAUGCAAAUCCCAGAUCUUAAGAAGAAUUUGGGGGCUCAGGAAAUCAUGCCUGAACCAAAACCUGAGGAAGAGGUUGAUAUACCAGAAAACUUGAUGGGGUGUCCAUUAGUCAGAUCAAGAACGCUAGGGAUACAGGAAAAAGAAAAGAGAUGCUUGGGCAGGAAAAGGAGGAGAUCGGUGGUGAAACCAAAAGUACAUGGUCCCAGAGAGAGGGGUAGUUCUGCCUUGCUGGAACAGCAUACACUGUUUCCAGAGUCUAGGAAACGAGCUCUGAGUAUGAGGAACAGAAAUGCACUCCUGUCACAGCGGCUACAGGGUCCGAGUGGACAAGAGCAGCCAACAACCAGAAGAAAGACUCAGAAGCGUUGCAUGAAAGAAGAGCAGCAGAGCUCAAGCCAUCAGAAAGGACCAGACAGCCCAGGGGAAAGGGAGGAACAAUUGAAAGGAAUUGAGCAGGACUCUGGUACUUUAGAGUCUGUGAAGAAAGUUAAGACAAAGCAAAACAGGGCAGAAGAUUCUCAGGAAAAGGAAUCUCACUAUUCUAGAUCUUCUGCAGUUUCUACUUCAGGUGGGACUGAAAGCAAGAGCUUUCUAUGCCAUGCUGUAACAAAAGAGCCUGGUGUGCAGUAUAAAAAAAGGCAGAACAGAUCUGGUCGAAUCAAGCACUUGCAAAAUUUAAGUGUGACCGCAGCUGAAAAAGUGAUGAAUACAUCUGCAAAAUGUGAUGCUGAACAUUGCAGUAGUGCCCUAAAGCGCUGUAGUGGCUUGCUCUGUGCAACAGGAAAGAAUCCAUUUGUGAUGUUAGAGGAUUGUAGUUACAUCAAUACAUUAGUGAAGCCUUCAGCUAGUGGAACUACCAACAGUUAUAAAUUAAAUGGAUUCUUCCAUGUAGCCCAUCGUACUGGAGAUCUGAAUGAUAGAAUUUGCAGCACUAGUAGAAUGCAGAAUGAGAGAUCACUCAUAAAAGGUGGUUUAUCAUCUAAUAAAGAAAAGAAUGAAAAUGAAGAAGGCUGUUUUUCAAGCUGCCUGAGUGAAAGCAAUAAGUGUUUAAGGGGGAAAAACUGGAAUACUGGUAGAAAGCCUAGAAAAAAUAUGAAAAUCACGGAGGAAUCUGCAGACAUGGCUAGUAAAUGGAAAAAGUGUGAGUUACAAACAGAAACAGCAGUUGCCAUGUCAAGCUCGUUUGCAGUUUCAGGACUAAAUCAUACUCUGUCAGCUUCAUGUGAUCAUACAUCAGAUUUUCAUACAGAAAAAAAUACUCAUGAAGUACAAACUGUAUCAGCCUGGAGAAAUAAUAGUACCAAAUUACUUGCAUUUGAAACUGGCUUUAAGAAGACAUCUGAGCUCUCUGUAAUAGCAAAAGGAGAAAAUUCAACCCGUGUGGCACAUUGUGCAGCUGCUUCAGAUAGCCUGAGAGUGUUAGCUCACAUCCAUGAUGUUUCUGAUUGUCACAAAAGCAAGACAGGAGGAAAUUUGAACAAAGUUAAUAAGAAAUUGCUGCAGUUUACCUGUCAAAGAACAGUUCCCAUGACUGGUAAAAAAAUUUGGCCUGUUGAAUCUUGUGCCAGGACUUCUGAAUGGUUUCUUAAAAAUCGUGGGUCCGUCUCAGAAGGAAAAAGACUUUUAAAGGCUACUUUGGAGGAUUCCUCUGAUAAAAGCAGUGUUAAAGCUGUAGGACAUAGUGAAGUGACUGGGAAUUUGAGACAGUUGGAUUUGUAUACAUCAUUGGCAGACAUUACAAAGGAAAUUAUGCAUAAAAAGAUUGAUCCAAAUAUUGACUGUCAGACUUCACUUGAAACACCAGAAUCCUCUUCUGUGGAUAUUUAUGAGACUUUGACGAUGAGCAAUGAAAAUGGGGAAUCACCAGUUAAUACAGAUAGAAGUGCUGUGGCUCUUAACCAUGAUGAUGUGCAAGAAGUUAAAGCAACCUUGAAUUUUACAGCAAAACAAAAAAAUGAAAAUGAAGGAGAUGUAACAGAAAGAAACCUGUCUGUGACAGUCCAGAAUGGCACAACAGAACAAAAAGAUGAAAAUGAAGGAGAUGUAACAGAAAGAAACCUGUCUGUGACAGUCCAGAAUGGCACAACAAAACAAAAGGAUAAAGAUGAAGGAGAUGUGACAAAUAGAAACCUGUCUGUGACAGUCCAGAAUCGCACAACAAAACAAAAGGAUAAAAGUGAAGGAGAUGUGACAAAUAGAAACCUGCCUGCAACAGUCCAGAAUGGUACUUCUACAGAUAACACAAGCAGAAUAAACUCCAGCCCUGAAGUAUCAGUAGUGAACCAGACAUUUGCUCAUUUAAACCUAAUUAAACCAUUAACCUCUGGAAACCUUACAAAAUUCAAAAUUCCUUUAUGCAGAAACAAACUUGAAUCCAAGAAAUUGGAAUCUGUCCAUUCAUUUGAAAGAAAAACUUGCAGUCCACUAGAGCUUCUUGAAAGCACUAGUGCUCCAGGAAGGCAGAAGACAGGUGAAGAUACUUUCUUGGUGAGUUCUGAGCAGUGUCCUCUUCCUGUCAUGAGUGAUGCAGCAUCUCCACCUUCCAUAGAGAAAAAAACAGAUGACAUUGACAGUAAGGACUUCCAGCGUGAUGGCUCUGUAAAAUUCUCUAAUGAGAUGUCUGUGCUCCCUGAAAGUUUUUCAGCAUAUCCGCAUCCUCUUCGUGAUGGACAGCUAGAGUCAUCUGUGCCAGAUUUCUGUGGUACUGAAAGUGUGCUGAAAUCUAGUUUUCCUGGUCAUUCUUGGAAUGCAGUCGACCACCUUGUUGGAUUAGAAAUAAAUGAUGAUAGAAAAUCAAGAGGGAAUUUUUCACAACACAGAAGUGAAAAUUUACCAGAUAUCCUUGAAGCUUACAACCAAGACGUUCUUGUCAUUGAUGUGAUUCAGAAUGACCCUGACCUUUUUGGAACCAGUAAUGAAGAGGAGUUUGCACCUGCAUACUGUGAAAAUUGUCCAGUGAAAGCAUCCUCUGCAAACUGCAUUAAAGACACAAGGCAGUGUAUUAAGCCUGAGUCUCCCGUUACCUCAGAAAAGACCUAUUCAGUAGAGAAUAGUUUUAGAUGCAUGCAAGAAUCUGGAGUGUCAAGUGAUACUGAAAAUUCCCAUUAUUUGGUGUUAAAAGCUGCAGAUGUGAAAACCCACAACUCCUCCAGAGGAAGCAGUCCUUUGGGAGAUGUUAGUGAGGACCUUCUUAAAGACAGGCAACAGAGCAAACUAGAUGAACUUUUGAAGAGUUUUGAUGUGGAUGAAAAGUUCAAGCUUGCAGAUGGAGUGCCUGAUGUUGAAGAAGAAAAUAAGAGUGAAGCUGAAAAAAGUGACUGUAAAUACAAAGGGAACUGCAAAUUGUUAUCAGGAUUGUCAUUGAAUGACCGAAAAGUAAAUCUCUUCAGUGAAGCUACAGAGAUGAAAUCCUGGACAAAUGGUUACAAAUCUUCAGGAAGAAGUACUUUACUGCCAUUGAAGAAUUGUGGAGAUUUUGAGCCAUGGAAGACAGAGAAAAAUGCAAUUGCUUCUCAUUCAGUCCAGCAGAUCCUUGAUGCACUUAACUUGCCCCGUAGAUACUGCAGAUAUUAUUUCAUGACUUCACGUGGGUGUGAAAGAGCAAAAUGUUGGUUCUGUCAUGUUCCUGGACAAGGGGAAGAAAAGAUUUGCAUGGCAAUUCUUAGGACAUACAUUAGUAUCAAAGAAUCAGGUCUCCUAAAACGUGCAGUCCAAAUAUUUGUGCAGUACUACAAAGAAGUUACUCCUGGUGCAGAUUUUGCUUCUGAAGUGCUGAAUGGUCUUCUUGUUUCAUUGCUCAACAACUGUUUGUUGCAGGAAGUAUUUCAGAUAUUGAAUGCAAUUGUACAGAUCAAGACACUGCCAGCUGUAGAUGUUCUUCUGAAAGUUUUUGAGCACGUGGCUUCUUUGAAUAUAAGAAAAGCUGUGCCUGCAUUAAUCAGUACCUUUUGUAAGCUCAUUGAUGCUGGUAUGUACCUUGAGUUAGAACAUUUUGACUACAUUAUUAAGUUACUCCACCAAUUGCAAGUUUCCAGUUGGGAAAUGAGUUCUGUUUUGAACAUAAAAUCCAGAAUUAAGGAAAGAUAUUUUGAAAAGACAUGGAUUUUUGACUUCAAUUUGGCAGUGGCUGAAAUUCAGCAUUGCAAGGAGAAAAGGGAUUGGUCCAAGAUGGGAGCUUUGUAUCUUAAUGCAAGAACUGGAUGUGAACAUUUUGAUGAUCUUCAGAAAUUAUUUUUAUCUAUGGCUGAAAUUCUAACCAAAGAUUCUGAGACAGACAGACCAGGAGUCCCUUUUUGCGAUUUUGCUGAUGCAGUAAUGAAAAAUUCACACCAUAAUGAAGCAGACAGACUUUUCAUUGGAAGGACUGGGAUAAGCGUAAUGUAUUCGUAUCACAAAGUACUGCAGUGGGUAAAGGGAAGGAAGGUUUUGGAUAAACUGCAUGAGCUACAGAUACAUUUUACACUCUUGAAAGGACUUGUAGGUGCAGCAAGGUCAGCAUCGAGGUGUCAGAUUGUUAAUAAAGCUGCAGAAAUCUUUCUUCAUUCUGGCAAUUUGGAUGGAGCAACAAGGGUAUUGAGAGAGUCAGAGUGGAUCACAGAUGCACCGUUGUGGCCCUGUGAUAAAAUGGACAUCCUUAAUCGACAUAAUCUGUUAUGUGCAAUAGUGCACAAAUACUUGAGGAAGAGUUUGUACAGGCAGGCAUUUGAAGUUCUGCAGAACUUACCAGGUUUGCAGAAACAUUCUGAUAUUGUAGAUGCUUCUCAAUACAGCUGCCUUUUUAACAAGCUGAUAAAUGCCUGUUUUGAGAACAAGAACCUCGGGGUUUCGUCUUCUGCAGUAGACUUCAUGCUUUCCAAAAAAAUUGCUAUUGAUUUUUUUUUACUUAGAAGAUUAAUCACAGCUUUGGGAAGAAGUUCUUUAUGGUAUAAAGCUAGGACCUAUUACAAAAAUGCUUUAUCGCUGGGUUGCUACCCAGAGCUGCAGGGAAAUUUAUGUCACAAACUUCUGAAGAUUCCAUCUUACCUGUCUGAAGUUGAGAUGCUGUUGACCAUUGAAAUAUUUCUUGUUUCAAAUGCCAGUGAUAUUCAAAGUCUGAGGACUACUAGUCAGACUCUUCAAAUAAUACUGAAAAGAUCUGAAGAUCAGACAGUUCAGAAUAACAGUGCCUACCAUGUGGCAGUGGAGAGGCUGAUCCAAGCGGCUCGUUUAUCUGAUCCAAAGCUUUUUCUUAAGCAUAUGACAAUGAAUGUUAAUAUGGAAGAAGUUUACAGCCUGGAGCAUUCAUCUGCUCUAAAAUGGCUUCAUGAGAAUAUGAAAUGGGCUGAGAAGGUCUGGCUGUUUCAGUAGUUAUUAAAUAGUUCCCACUGUGUUCAAAUGGUGCUUUACUGAUUUACAGCAAGGUUUCAAACUCAGGUUUUGUUUAUAAAUACUAUAUUGAUGAUAAUGCAGAUAGUAGCACAGAAAGAGUAAUUUUUUCCCUAACUAUAUAAACUGUCACACUGACUUUAUAUUUGUUUUGCAAUGGCAUCACCAGAUAAUGAGGAAGUUGCAGCCUCAGAACCUACAUUCUCUUUUUGUACAAAGAAUUAGCACUUAGCUUGUUUCUCCCAGCAGGUAAUCAAAUAAGUAUAGUAUAAGCAUAGAUAAAAGUAUAGGUAAGUGGAUUGGUUGAGUGCAUUUACUGUUCUUGAGUGAGACAUUUUUCACAUUCAUUCAUAAUCUGUAGAAGUAAUACAUGUGUUCUUUUGUCUGCCUCUCACAGCAACGUGUGAGGUUACUGUCCUAACUGUUUGCACCUUAGAUCUUAAUUUCUUUACUCCAAAAGCCCAAUGAAAAGCACUGAGAAUAAAAUAACUUCAAAAUCACUUGAGACAUGCCUGACUUAGGAUACCUUUCUUCACAGAACUGAGAGCCUACACAUUGCUCACAGCUGAAGGUUUGCUUGACAAUUUAAUUAGAUAUUUAUUUGAUAAAAAUGUAAUUAGAUAAUAGCUUGUGUAUGGUUUCACAUUUGUAUGGAUGGAUAUUUCCACUGAAAAGGAAAACUUGCUUUCUCCCUUGAUUGUGCUCGUAGAGAGAGGUCAGUUUGCCCAUCUUUUAGGUUCUACUAACUGCACGAUGAGAUGGAGACUGCCAGCAUGCUUGUUCCACCAUUCCUGGUUCUGCUUUUUUUCCACCUGAAAAUCCUGAACCACAUUCAAAGUAUGAGUUGCUUAAGGCACACUCUGCAGCCUGAGUAAGAAGAACAAAACAUUUACUAUCAGAAAACAUCCCAUGGCAAAACAACACGGCCUCUGUCAAAGCUGAUACUUACUGAGCUCACCACUUCUGUAGUGUUGUUAGUUUAGACCUCCAGUACCAACCUUCACAAACCUGCCAAUAAUACAGCUCUUUUGGUCCUGUUCUCCAUCCUUUUUAAAGCCUUUUGUUCUGAACACUUUGGCUCUUUUGGAUAUAGAAGUUCAUGAGUUUUUAGGCUGUUCCAUCGUGGAUGGUGGCAUAGGACCUCAGUGUUUGAAAAAUGUCUCUCCUUUGUGGGAGCGUAAGUCUCUUCCCAGUUCCUGCCGCAUUAUUUCAGGUGUUCUUUGCAGCUCUAAAUUAUGAAAGCCAUCAUGAUCUUAGUACUGGAGGGUUGUGUGGAGGGUUUUGGUGUCAGUGGUUUUUCUCUUUGGGGGAGGUUGCCACUCCAGUCUUGGGGUUUAUGCCAUUAAUCUGAUGUCAUGAAUCUGAUUGUCAUUUGUUAGAUUCCUGAUGUCUUCAGGGCCAGGUCCUGACCUUUUCCAAUACCACUUCUCAUCCAGUCUGUUUAGGGAGUUGCUGCUGGAAGAGAGAGGAUUGAAUCUGAUGACCGCCAAGAUCACUACUUUCCUCCUGUGCCACCUGUACAGAAAAAUGCAAGGAUAGAGGCUCUUGUCUUUUCACAGGGUAUCAUUCUUCUGCAGGGAUCAUCUGCCUACCUUGUAAAAAAUGGUAGAUUCAGUACCAAUGGUACCAGAUCGCAUUUCUGUAGAAGCCGUUGACCUCAGUCUUAGAGUACAGUUGGCACUGGUUCAAACAAACUUUGGGUUACACCCCUUUGUAUUCACAAAGAUGGCUCUGCCAUUUUUAAGGGUAUCCAGGUGGUCAAAUCCGACUGGAUUCUACUGAUUUUGCUUCCCAGUAGCUGAAAGACUGGGUAAGAAGUAAUCAGGUUUCAGAUGAGGGAUCUAAACUGAUGCUCUUGCAGCCACUCCAGUGUUAGUGAAAAGAGCAAUUUUGGAAGGUUCCAACAAACUAGAACUGGUAGUAAGAUACCAAGUAAUUUUUCCUAAUUACUUCUUGUAAGAUCCUUUGUGGCUUAAUCUCCCUUGGAAUUAGACAGAGGCUGUCUGACCCUCGACUAAAUCCCAUGUUUCUGUGAGCAAUACCCAAUGUGGCUAAUAGUGUGUUUGACAGACACAGAAGGACAAAAUUUUCUUUGUAAUCUGUAUGGCUUCAAAACUUGGGAUGUUCUAGAGACAGCAGAGUUUUUUCCUCUGUAAGUAACCUUGAAUUUUCACUUGGAUCAUCCCCAGAACAAAACUCCAAAUGUUACUUUAUUUUUCAGACAGAGGUUAAUCAUUGACCUUCAAGCUUAACUUGGAACUGUGUAAAAUUUUUGCAAUGUUUUGGCUCCAUCUCCUGAGUAUCAUCUUCAGCUGAUAGGAUGUAAUCUCAGUCAUGUUUUAUAUUAACAAAGCAAGUUGCCCACAUCAUUGCUCAGAAGUUUUGUUGCAAUGGAGGCUUCUGAUGUUUCUGCCAAUAUAUUGUUUCUCCCUGUAUCCCCAUGAUAAACCAGUAGGCAAUUUAAACAACUUUGAUGUUAAGUCCUGUAUUUCACGUUUGUGUUCUGCCUGGGUCCACAUGAAACACAAUGCAAAUCUCGUCAUUUGGAUGUGUAUCAAAAGGCCAGAAAGGUUUCUUGAGUAACAUUCUCGGUGUUUUGGUAACAGAAAUUCCAUGUGCCAAACAGGACAAAACUCCAGUGUGGAAUGGAAACAAGCCUGGAAAGAUGGAAAAAAUAUCCUGAAGAAUAAA